AUGUCUGACGUCUUCUAUGAUGAGUACUUGAAGAUAUACAAAGCCCUGCAGAUCCCCAUCCUUCAUCCGGAAUCUUUUCAACGUCAACACGCGACACGCAAAAACAGAACGCCAAACUAUUAUUCCCAGCUUAAGACCAUCAUCUCACGAAUCGCCUGGGAUAUCUACAAAGAGUCUCUUUACAGCGGUACUAAUGGAAUUUCUAAAGUAUCGGGUGUCUUGAUAACCAAAGCGUUACAGUCGAAAGCGAUAGGGCCACCACGAAGAAGCAUCUCCAACGAAAAAGCCCUAACACCACGGUAUAUUAAGUCCCAUACCCUGAUACUAUUUAAACAAGAGACUUUACUUGACAAGCAACAGAACAGUUACGUUUUAAGCUACAUAUUAGUGAAAUUUCCUAGAGAACUCAACUUGAAACGGCAAAUCAUUGUUUUUGCCCAGUCGACAGACAAUAGUGAUCGGAAACCCUUUGAUACCUUGAUUCUUCUUCGAACUUCAGUACCGAAACUCACCCAUACUUUCCUAAAAUGGUGUGAGCUCAAGCUUGGUGCUAGUGUGAUGUUGCAACCAUGGCUACCGACCCAGGAAUUUCUAUUGAGAACCGUGGAUUUGGUGUUCAAUCAUCAUUUUUCAAGCAAUAUUGCUGGAUCAUCUCUUGAAGAUGCAUUACAACGACUACAAAGGUUUGGCGAUUUGGUGAUAGAGUUCAAUAUAUUAACGAAAUUGAAUGCAUUAAGUAGCACGAAGAUCCACGUCGCUAAUGAGGAUCUAAAACAAUAUGUGCAUCUGAUUAUCAAGAGGAAGCAAAAUAAGCAGAAUGAUGAUGGUGGUGAUGGUGGUGAUGAUGAUGAUACUGAUGUUUUUGGGUUUAUUGAUAUAACGGAUAUAUUAUUUUCGCAUUUCUAUGCUUCAACAACAAUUGAUUUCCGCUCCUUGAGGAUAUCUAAACUCAGGAUCAGUAACAACCUUAUCUUUUCCAUGGACAGCGCUGGAGCAAAAAUACAAUUUUAUAGUGGGGGUUUGGAUAUUUCCAGAUCAAGCAGUCAUAGCAAAACCAGCAAAUUUCCAUUGAAUAUUAGCGAUUAUAUUUUCGAAAUCUAUAAAACACUUUAG